AACAAAUACAUGCGUGUGUGUCUAUAUAUAACAUAGAUAAAUGGAUUAGACAUCUUUGCUGUACUUUUGGCUUGUACCCAAUCCAUCUUUGACUACCCAAAAAAAAAAAUCGUAAUUGGUAUCAUCGGAUAAUGCAUAGUGGGAAGAGACCUCUUUCACCGGAAUCAAUGGCCGGAAAAAGAGAAGAGAAAGAAGAGUUGGGUUCUUGCUCAACUUUGUCAGAGUCUGAUGUGUCUGCUUUUGUCUCUGAACUCACAGAUCAACCUACCCCACCAUCAGUAAAUCAACCUUCAUCUCUUACCCUUCAAGAACAAAGUAAUACGAGACAACGAAACUAUAGAGGUGUGAGGCAAAGACCGUGGGGAAAAUGGGCAGCCGAGAUCCGUGACCCAAACAAGGCAGCUCGUGUGUGGCUUGGUACGUUCGACACUGCGGAAGAAGCAGCCUUAGCAUAUGAUAAAGCUGCUUUUGAGUUUAGGGGUCAAAAGGCCAAGCUAAACUUCCCCGAGCACAUUCUUACCAACUCUAGUGGUCCAUAUGGACCAUAUCCAUCAACCGCUACUUCCCAUGAUCGCAUCACCGUAAUGCCAUCUCCAGCUAUUGCUCCUGACAUACUUCUUGAUCAAUAUGGACAGUUUCAUUCCGCAAAUAUUGAUUCAGUUGCCAACUUUUCUUUGACUAUGUCGUCUUCUUCGUCUUCACUGAAUCAACAAGAGCAUAUACCUAAAGUAGAGGAUGGUAAGAGCGUGAAGAAUGUUAGUAUUCAUAAACGAAGAAAAUAGCAUAUCAAUGCUUCUGUGGUACGUAUAUGCCUAUUAUGACUCUUCUGUUCAGAAGCAUGACAGGAUCUGAGAUUUAAGGGGCUAAAACGCAUUGAAUGUCGAUCCAAAGAGUGAAGAAGUGCAUUUAGGAUUCAGGCAUCAUGGAUGAAAGAUUACCUUCUGGGACAUGAAAAUGCUAUAAGGGAUGAAGAUAAAGAAAGCUGUUCUAAUUAUUCGGUCAAGAGAACCAAUCGAUUAACGGGUCACCAUAGAAGAUGGAGAGAGUGAUAGAGACUAUGUACAACACACCUUGAUCCAACAGCUGCAAUGAAGUUCUUGUAGGCGAAUAAUCUUAAAACCUCCGACACUAUUCUUUUACAAGCAUACUUUAAUUUUAGUUAUAUUUCCUUUAUGUGCUGGCGUUGGAUUAGAAAACUAGAUGCAUACAUGUGUGGCGUUAUCACUUACUUAGCAUUAUCUUAUUGCGAGGAUCUCAUAUCAAGAAACCAACUCAAUUAUAAGGUAUCGUCGUUCCAUAAUACGUACGUACUAUACUUAUAAUCGCUGUAAA